UUGGUUUUCAUAUUCGCAUGAGGCGCUGUCGGCAUUCUGAGGGCUUCCGGAGGGCAAAGGUGAACAUUUUGGUUAUAUAAAAACUUUCAUUUUUUCUCAUUUCGCCGGUCCACAAUGUUCAAGAACGCUGUUGCUCUCGUGACUGGAGGUGCUUCCGGAUUGGGCCGGGCGACGGUGGAGAGAUUCGCCAAUUCCGGUGCCAGAGUGGUUCUCUGUGAUCUCGGCACGUCGAAGGGCGAGGAUGUGGCCAAAGGAUUGGGGAACAACGUUGUCUUCGUGCCUGUUGAUGUCACUUCCGAGGCGGACGUGACGAAGGCCUUGUCAGUGGCUAAGGAGAAGUUCGGCAGACUCGAUGUGUCUGUGAACUGCGCCGGAACGGCGGUGGCGUUCAAGACGUACAACUUCAACAAGAAAAUUCCGCACCAGCUGGCCGACUUCGCGCGCGUUCUCACGGUCAACACCGUGGGCACGUUCAAUGUGAUCCGCCUGUCGGCGGGCCUGAUGGGUGACAACGAGCCCAACGCCGACGGCCAGCGCGGCGUCAUCGUCAACACGGCGUCCGUGGCGGCGUACGACGGCCAGAUCGGCCAGGCCGCGUACUCGGCCUCGAAGGGCGCCGUCGUGGGCAUGACGCUGCCCAUCGCGCGCGACCUCAGCACGCACGGCAUCCGCGUGGUGACCAUCGCGCCCGGGCUCUUCGACACGCCGAUGCUGCAGGCGCUGCCGGAGAAGGUGCGCGCCUUCCUGGCCAAGACCGUGCCCUUUCCGCAGCGCCUGGGCAACCCGAGCGAGUACGCGCAGCUCGUGGAGAGCAUCGUGGACAAUCCGCUGCUCAACGGCGAGACGAUCCGCCUGGACGGCGCCCUCAGGAUGAUGCCCUAGAGCCGAAGGAGCCUCGAAAGGACCAGAAAGUGCAUUUAUUCGAUAUCAUUGGAAGGGAUUUUUAUGUCUAAUUAAAGUUGCUGCAAUUCUUUAAAAA